AUGGAGCCGGGCGGCGGCGGCGGCGGCGGCGGCGCGGGGCCGCUCCCGGGCAACAACAAGGCGCGCGGCGGGGCGGCGCCGCCGGGCAAGGCCCGCGACCUGGGCCGGCCCCCGCGCAAGGACUCCGAGGGCUAUUCAGAGUCCCCAGAUUUGGAGUUUGAAUAUGCAGAUACUGAUAAAUGGGCGGCAGAGCUCUCUGAGCUGUACAGCUACACAGAAGGACCCGAGUUCCUGCUCAACCGCAAGUGCUUUGAGGAAGACUUUAGGAUUCAUGUGCGGGACAAGAAAUGGACUGAGCUGGAUAAGAACCAGCAUCGCACUCAUGCCAUGCGCCUUCUUGACGGGCUGGAGGUCACCGCGCGGGAGAAGAGGCUGAGGGUUGCCCGAGCCAUUCUCUACGUUGCCCAAGGCACUUUUGGGGAGUGCGGCUCUGAGGCAGAAGUGCAGGCCUGGAUGAGGUAUAACAUCUUCCUGUUGCUGGAAGUGGGGACGUUCAAUGCUUUGGUGGAACUGCUGAACAUGGAGAUUGAUAACAGCGCAGCUUGCAGCAGUGCGGUGAGAAAGCCUGCAAUCUCCCUGGCCGACAGCACGGAUUUGAGAGUGCUGCUGAACAUCAUGUACCUGAUUGUGGAGACAGUCCGGCAGGAGGCUGAGGGAGACAAGGCCGAGUGGAAGACCAUGAGACAAACCUUUCGAGCAGAGCUGGGAGCCCCGCUGUACAACAACGAGCCCUUCUCUGUCAUGCUUUUUGGAAUGGUGACCAAAUUCUGCAGUGGCCACGCUCCACACUUUCCCAUGAAGAAGGUGCUACUCUUGCUCUGGAAGACUGUUCUGUGCACCCUGGGUGGCUUUGAGGAGCUCCAGAGCAUGAAGGCAGAGAAACGGGAGAUCCUGGGCCUCCCGCCGCUCCCGGAAGACAGUAUUAAAGUGAUCCGCAACAUGAGAGCUGCGUCCCCACCAGCAUCGGCCUCUGACCUCAUCGAGCAGCAGCAGAAGCGAGGCCGGCGGGAGCACAAGGCCUUGAUUAAACAAGAUAACCUUGAUGCCUUCAAUGAGAGGGACCCUUACAAAGCUGAUGACUCCCGUGAGGAAGAGGAAGAAAACGAUGACGACAACAGCCUGGAGGGAGAGACCUUCCCCCUUGAACGUGAUGAAGUGAUGCCUCCCCCCACCCAGCAUCCCCCUAGUGACCGCAUUGCCUGCCCCAAGGGGCUGCCCUGGGCCCCGAAGGUCCGAGAGAAAGACAUUGAGAUGUUCUUGGAGUCCAGCCGCAGCAAGUUCAUUGGCUACACUCUAGGCAGUGACACCAACACUGUGGUGGGGUUGCCCAGGCCAAUCCAUGAGAGCAUCCGAACGCUGAAGCAGCACAAGUACACGUCGAUUGCAGAGGUGCAAGUGCACAUGGAAGAUGAGUACCUGCGUUCCCCACUCUCAGGGGGGGAAGAGGAAGUGGAGCAAGUUCCUGCUGAGAUCUUGUACCAGGGCCUCCUGCCAAGCCUGCCACAGUACAUGAUUGCUCUACUGAAGAUCCUCCUCGCUGCAGCCCCCACUUCCAAAGCCAAGACGGACUCCAUCAACAUUCUGGCAGAUGUCUUGCCGGAGGAGAUGCCGACCACAGUGCUGCAGAGCAUGAAGUUGGGGGUCGAUGUCAAUCGGCACAAGGAGAUCAUCGUCAAAGCCAUUUCUGCUGUGUUGCUCCUUCUGCUCAAACACUUCAAGCUGAAUCACAUUUACCAGUUCGAGUACAUGGCCCAGCAUCUGGUCUUUGCCAACUGCAUCCCACUCAUCCUGAAGUUCUUCAACCAGAACAUCAUGUCCUACAUCACUGCCAAAAACAGCAUUUCUGUUCUGGACUACCCGUACUGCGUGGUACACGAGCUGCCCGAGCUGACGGCAGAGAGCCUGGAGGCUGGAGAUAACAAUCAGUUUUGCUGGAGGAACCUGUUCUCCUGUAUAAACCUUCUGCGCAUCCUGAACAAGCUGACCAAAUGGAAGCACUCUCGCACCAUGAUGCUGGUCGUGUUCAAAUCGGCACCCAUCCUGAAGCGGGCGCUGAAGGUGAAGCAGGCCAUGAUGCAGCUCUAUGUGCUGAAGCUGCUCAAGGUGCAGACCAAGUACCUGGGCCGGCAGUGGAGGAAGAGCAACAUGAAGACCAUGUCGGCCAUCUACCAGAAAGUCCGGCACCGUCUCAAUGAUGACUGGGCUUAUGGCAAUGACCUAGAUGCCCGGCCCUGGGACUUCCAGGCUGAGGAGUGCGCGCUGCGCGCCAGCAUCGAGCGUUUCAACUCGCGCCGCUACGACCGGGCGCACAGCAACCCCGACUUCCUGCCCGUGGACAACUGCCUGCAGAGCGUGCUGGGCCAGCGCGUGGAUCUGCCCGAGGAUUUCCAGGUCAACUACGACCUGUGGCUGGAGAGGGAGGUCUUCUCCCGGCCCAUCUCCUGGGAGGAGCUGCUGCAGUGAUGGCACCGCGGCGAGGACUGCAGGGGAAGCAGGAAAGGGGUCGUUCAGGGAGAGACUCGAGCUUGGCUCAGACUGGGCGCUGAGCAUGCUGCGACCCCUGUGCAGCUGCCAGCUGAGGGGCAGGGGGGCGAACCUGAGGGUGAGAGGCAUGCAGGCGUCCCGGGGUGCCUGGUUGUCCUGCAGCAGGGUUGGGAGGAGACUGGAGCGGGGAUGGAUCCUCACCGAAAUGCUGUCCUUGCCCCUCUGCUUCCUUCCAGGCUGCGUUGGACUUAACCUAGUGCCAAGGUGGAGGUUCACAGAGGCCACGGUGCCCUGGGUGUUAGAUGGGCGAGACCUGCUGUGUGCACCCAGGUCGAUCCUUUUGGCUGUAGCAUGGGAAUCACCCUCCUGCCUUUUCCAAGCCAGCCAGGGCUCAGAGGGGCGAGUAGCCGGCAGCGCAGGGAGCGGGGCAAAUAGGGGUGCGAGUCCCUUUGGUGCUGCCGUGGGAUACGGGGAGCAGGUAGCCACGGGUUGCCGUGUCAGAAAAAUCUCAUCUGCCCCUUCGCCAGCCCCCGCGCGGGGAUGCAGCGGCCUGGUCUUGCCUGCGCCUGGGUGCUGGAGGCGUGACGGCCGUGGGGCCAGGUGGUGGUGGGGCAGAGGGGCUGGGAAGGGCUGGGGAGGGCUGGGAGCUGCAGUCUUCCCUCGUCCCGCUGGGUGGGGUGGAUGAGCUGUACAUAUAUAUACAUAUAUAUA